AUGGAAGACGACGAUUUGGCACAAAUCAGAAAAGCUCGUCUUGAGCAACUGAAAACCCAAGGCGGAGGAGGAGGUAGACCAGGCGCAGCAGGCGGCAGUGGAGGACAAGAAGACGGCAGACAACAGCAAGAAGAAGCGGCUCGACAAUCCAUCCUGACCCAAAUUCUCGAACCCGAAGCGGCAGAUCGUCUAGGUCGCAUUAGACUUGUGAAGGAGUCCAGAGCCGUCGAUGUUGAAAAUCGCUUGAUUAUGUUGGCGCGUUCGGGACAGUUGAGAUCGAAGAUUACGGAGGAACAAUUGAAGGAUUUGUUGAGCAGUGUGUCGGAGGCUCAGGAAACUAAAGAAAAGAUUGUGGUUACCAGGAGGAAGGGUGCUUGGGAUGACGACGAUGAUGAUCUUUUCGACUUGUAG